GCCCAAAGUUUCGAUCCGACUGGAGCUAAAGUAUUUUUUUUCUGGAAAGUGAGCUGCUGAGAUUUGUUGCACGAACAGUGAAUCUCAUCAAUUCGGCUCUUUUUUUUGACUCUUUACACUCGGAAAGAGUCGGACUUUUUCCACCUUUGCCUUUGUUGUUUUUUUUUUUUUUUUUUGUCUUUUGUGGUGACUUUUUUUUUCUUUUUUGUUGUUGUUGAAAAGUCUGGUCCGGACGACAACAUAGAUUCCAGUGUGGAGUAGAUAUGCGCUUUGUUAUACUGACAAGUAUGCAAACGGAGAACAAGAGGAAAAGUGUGUGUUUUACAGCUGAUUUCGACAGCUAACACACUUUGGAAGAUUACAAAGUUCCUCCUCCUCAACUCUAGAAUGACUCCGGAGAACUUUUUCUGAGUGUCGGUCAGAUUUCCUGAUUUCCUCUCGGUCUGGAAAAAAAGUUUGGGAUCGGCUCAAACUUCUUUUUCUCUAUUUUUUUCUCAACUGAAACAUUUUGGGACGCGGAAAGUUUGCUGACAGUUUUUGGGACAAUGGAUCCGAGCCAGCACAACCCCCCUGCCGGACACCAGAUCGUCCACGUACGGGGCGACUCAGAGACCGACCUGGAGGCGCUUUUUAACGCCGUGAUGAACCCGAAAAGUACCAUCGUCCCCCCGUCGGUCCCCAUGAGGAUGAGGAAGCUGCCAGACUCCUUCUUCAAACCCCCCGAACCAAAGUCCCACUCCAGACAAGUAAGCCCGCCCUGUCUCUCCUCGAGCCUUCCCAGAAAUCACGACCAGAGUCAGGCCCAUCCUGUCUGUGGGGGCUCAAGGCCUACAGGAGCCUACAGGAGCCUACGUGACUUAGACAGUUUGGGUUUUUAUUCUAACCUUUAGAUUUCACUCCUGUUGACUGGUUACCAAAUCCUUAAAUGUCAAAUAACCACAACAAAACUACAAAACUUUAAUGGAAUAAUAACAAUCAAGAACUAUUAACUGGUUAAAAAGUUUGUUUACUUUACUUUUGAUCGGAAUUAUCAACAAGUUAUGAUAUUGAUACUAAAAGUGAACACAUUUAUAAAAAACAAACAAACAAAAAAGAAAAAGUGGUGUUGUUUACAAGUAAAAUAAGGUGAAUUGUAGAGUAUCCUUAUAGCAGUUUGUUUGGCCUCAGAGAUAUUUUAUUUGCAUUUGACAGAACACUUGUAUUCUCAUAUUUCAAUAAUAUAAUGAAGUUUAAAGGGUCUGAAACCAAAGUUAUUCCUUUUACAGUAGUUUCUGUAAAGUUUUUAGUUUGUAGUAACAUAAAGUGUCAAAGUUUAAAGUAGAUUUAAGUUGAAAUACUGAAACACAGAGUCUCUAUCACUGAGCUGUUUGCUAUACAAACGAUGUGUAAUCAGAAAUCAUAUGAUGGUUGAAUUAGUCCCAUUUACUCCCCCCUUCUCUCUCCCUAACACCCCCCCCACACACACACACACAUACACACACAACUGUUGCUUGUGGUCUUUGGAGUAUGUCAUCAGUGCGCAUGCGUGUAGCUGUUCAGUCUGUUACACAGGCCUUUCCCAAUCCUCGGAUUUGAUCAAACUUAUAAACAAAUGCACACUGAGAGAAAAACACAGUUUAACUUACUGUAAUAGUGACCUGAAGGCAUGAGGAAUAGAUUUACUGUUACACCAAGGUGAUUGACAAUUAAUGAUUACAUGAAAAUAGUCUUUAUUUUAUUUUUAAUGAUUAAAAAAUGACUCCUUAUGAAAACCAAAAGCAGUGCAGCUAAAGUUUGUAUUGAAAUUAUUUUGUGAUUGUUGCUGUUUGUGUUUUAUUUAUAAUUUGACUCUUUUGCUAUUGUGUUUAGUAAAUUUACUGUGAGUAGGCUACUUUUAAUUGUAUUUAUCAACAAUCAAUAGUCAGUAGUCUUUACCUGAACUCAGCUCACUGACAGUGUUACUAUUUAUGUCUUAUAUAGUCUCAACUCAACUCAACUUUAUUUGUAAAGUACUUUAAAACAACCACAGCUGAACAAAGUGCUGUACAAAAAAACAAUUAAAACAAUGGAUAAAACGAAAGCAGAUAUUAAAAAGUAAAAUAUAGGUUCAAUGUUUUUUUAAAACUACUUUUAAAACAAUAGAAACAAAUAACUAAAAACAAACCAUAAAACACUAAAACAGGAGGCGAGUCUCAUGCAGGGUUAAAAGCCAAUAAAUAAAAAUGGGUUUUAAGACGAGUUUUAAAAAUGGACAGUGUGGGGGCUUGUCUGAUUUGGAGGGGUACAUACUUGUAUAUUAUCUCUUUAUUUUUACAAAUUUUAUGGAUUGUUUAUCUCCUCUUUUACUGUAUUUGCACUGGAGUAAGUAUUUCUGAUUAAACUUAUCUAUGACAGCAUGUUGUCUCACAAAAAAGGACUCAGAGGAAUCUCCACAAUAAUAAGAGAGUUGUUUUUUUUUCUUCUUCUUCCCAAACACAGGCCAGUACCGAUGCUGGGAGUGGCGGUGCGCUCACACCCCAUCAUGUCAGAGCCCACUCAUCCCCAGCCUCCCUGCAGUUGGGAGCUGUAUCUGGUGGCUCCCUGUCUGGCAUGACCCCAGCAGCUGCCUCCCCUCAACAUCUCCGUCAAUCUUCCUAUGAGAUUCCCGAUGACGUGCCCCUGCCUCCGGGCUGGGAAAUGGCCAAAACUGCCUCCGGCCAGAGAUACUUUCUCAAGUAAGUAUUCCAGCGACAAGUGUUUCCUGUACGAUAAAGUCCAGAGAGUAAAAGUAGAUAAAGAAGGAUUGAUAAAGGUCAAAACAGAAAGAAAUUAGGUCAAAUAUACACAGGAGUUCAUGCUUGAGUAAGAUUCAAAAGUGAUGUAAGUAGUGUCAUCAUUUUAAGCUAAAAGGGGAAAUGAUAGCAUCAGUAAUGGCCCAGACAAGUCCAGAUACCAGAGGAGCAGUCUGGAGGCGGGGCUCUCAUACUACAUUGUUUGAAUGCUGAUUAUAAUUUUCCAAUCUGCUUCAACGUGCUAAAAAAGAGACAGUAGCGAUAGUUAAAUUGCAGGCUAUUAAAUUUGGUGGCCUCUGCAAACAAGAGAAGUCCUUAAGGGGUUUGCUGCUGAUGUAUGUAGAGCUCCUGUUCUGGGUCUCAGGUUUCAGUAGAAACAAUGGAUCUUUGUAGCUGCCCAGACAGCAAAAAGACAGACAGCUCUGCAGAACUCAUCCGCCAACCAGCAGAUCUCCUCCACAUUACUUCAGCUCCAAAGUGAACCCCUUCAGAUAAACGGUAGCAGGUCGACCAGACUGCUUCGUGUCUAUUUCAGGAUAUAUCACUAACUCUCUGGGGUGUGAAGGUUUCAUCUUUAUUCUUUACGGCUGUCUUUUAAUUUGUCGGUCGUAGCUGCUGUCAGUUUCUAUUAUCUGCAGUUAUGAGGAAAAGUCACUGAGUUGUUCGUAAAAGUGACAUCCUAGUUAAAUAUUUAAUCUGCCUAUCAUAAAGUUAAUAAGACACCCUGACACCCGUGUUUGGGUGGUUUGAUAUCGAACGCCUUAUUCAUGCUCCUUUUGUCAGUUUCACUCUCUGACAUGGCUUCAGAUGGGCAUGAUAGCCUCAAAUUAACUUGCCUCACAAAAAAAGCUUUCAGUACCAGAUGUUUGAAGGCCUCACAUCUGGUGAACAUCUGGUCCAUUUUGAUGGGGCUCUUCUGAAAUUAUCCAAAAGGACUGAAGACAGAGAAACACGGAGAAAACACUUUUCCUUCUCGCAGACUCUCCUGUGAUCGGCGCCGUUGUUUUAAAACUGACCGAGAUAAAGAGUGAAGACACAAGGAGGCGAUUUUCUUCACUAAAUCUGAUUGUCCAAACUUAAUUCGAGCCGAGUUUGUCCUUCUAGUUCAAGCAGAAACUUGCAGAGGCUGUAAGUUUGUACGAAAACAAACACAGUGGCCCUGAUGUCCUUGAAUUGAUUUUAAUUCUAGUCAUAUAUAAAGUCUAUUAUCAUCAACCAAAAGCAGACCGUCUCAACAAAAAGAGAGUGUAAUCGAACUCCUGGGUGUCAAUCUCUUGGAUUCUUGGAAAACAGUUGUGUAGCUGUGUGUUUAAACUGGUUUGUUACACAGCUAGUCCAAGAGUAGUGCAGAGUGUUUGUGUUAAAGCGAGAAAAAACUCCAGGAGAUAUCUUCAUACAGCUCACAUCAAAGUGCAGAUAUUUGAUCUGGAGCACAGCCGGCCUCAGCAGAGCUGCUGGUAAAGACACUCCCCUAUUUAUAAACAGGAGUAGUCUGAGCGAGACAUGUUGCAGGAGGAGGAGUGAGGACGAGUGAGUGAAAGAGUGUGUGUGUGUGUGGGUGGAUGAGUGGGGGUAGGGAGUCGGUCACCAGCUCGCUGAGAGUGGGGGCUCACAUUUCACUCAGGUGACUGCUGUUGUCCUUAGAGAUAAAUCAACCCGGAGUGAAAGUUUUUUUGAAAGAGUCGCUCUCUCUCCGCUCCUGUCCCCUUCAGUUUUACUCGAUCGGCGUCUGAGUCACAGCAGCCCUCAAAUACCGAUGUCCCACUCCCUUUAAAAGCACGACUCUGUUGGGUAUGAAUGGAGCCGUGGCGCUGUGAUGGUGCCUCUUUUGUAUCAAUGAAGUUAAAUGGCAGCCAUGUGGAGAUGACUAGUGGAGGGGCCAAGAAAAACUCCAGCCCUCCCUUUGUCCCAGCUGUGAAACAGUGAUCUUUAUUCAGACUACAGGCCUGUUGGGACUCAUGUGAGCCCUCCCAAAAUAGAUAAAUAGUUGACAUGAAUUUUAAAGAUGGGGUUGAAAGAGGCAGCAGCUUUCUGUUGUUUCACCUUUUAUUCUUCACUCCAGAAAUGUGACGCUCAUGUUGAUGGUGGAGUUUUGCUAGCUGGUGUCAGAACACCUUUCUGUUUUGACCCAGAGUGAUUUUGCAGAAGCUUAAGCAGAAAAAUAAGUGAACUAAGACACACACACACAAACACACACACACACACACACAGUGCUGUUCUGCCCUGCUUGCUCCACUGUGUCUAACUGACCCUGUCUCACCUGCUUUACUUCUUUGACUUCCUCCAGUGUCAGCUUAUGGUGCGACGACUACAGAUAUUUUUUUAAACUGUUUUUCCCCGUGUAAAAAAAAAAAAAAAAAACUUUAACAGUGGAGGUUUUUUUGAGUGCAAAAACAGUGGAAAAUGCCAACACAAGCAUGCCAGGCCUGUAGGUGGCAGUGGUGUGAAACCGGUCUGUUAUGUCAAACACUGUAGAGGAAAACUUCCUGUGUGUAUCGUGCAACUUCGAGUGCAAGUGGCGAUUGUAAACAGUGUUUUUAAAGAGUGUAUGAGGUGGAUAAUAACCGCUGGGCCAGUUAUCAAGUUUAUUAUAAUUGUAAAGUAAAGCUAGGUUUUCUUGUAAAUACACAAUAAACCCAUCAAGCAGAGGUAAAUCAGUCACCAGCCAUCUCGGUGCAUGUGCAGAUACACAACAAAACACAAGUUCAGGUAAAGUCAGCUGGCAUUUCCCAAAACUUUUCAUUCACACAAACAAAACUUUUAGAUUUUAAACCCUUCUUAAAAGUUGCUUUAAAACGCCCCCAUUUUCAGUUCGGACCAGAGAUCGAAUACAGAGGUAAAAAACAACAACACUUUCAAAAAUAUCCUCAUAUGUGGACCAGGGCCAAGUCCCACCAUCAUGCCUCAGUGAUAUUGGUACUGAAGAUGAGAUGUUAUGGCAGCUUAUGUGAUGUUAAAAAGACUUUUUUGUUUGGCUCUGAAAAAGUUUUAAGAAAGUUGACACAUGAAUUUGGUCGAUUUUACAAACUUGCCAAACAAAUUUUAUUACCCCUUUUAAAACAUAUUAUAUUUCUGUUGCUCCUCAUAACAUUUGAAGAUGUUGCUGUAAUCACUGACAAAAUAAAGGGUUUAAGGGUUAAAUUAUUGGACAGUCUAGACCCUGAUGAAAACAGGGGUGAUCCAUGAGUUUUAUUUUUGUGGUUGAUACUUUCUAUAAAUCUGAAAACCUUGGGCUGAGAGUGAGCUGGGACACUGUCAACAAAGACUGUUGACCUUUCCUCUUCUUUCUUUCUUGCAGCAGUUUGCUGUGGCCUUUGAUUUAUGGCAGCAGGGAGGGAGGGAGGGAGGGAGGGCAGGGAGGUUGGGUCACCUUGCUUGGUGCUGAGCCGGGGGCAGGGCCAGUCUCUUGGGCUGGGUCAUAAACUAAUGAAGGUUUCUAAUUUAGACACACCGGUGAACUAGGAGGGGUAAUCACCGUUUCCGGGUGCUUAUUAAAUGCAGCUUUGAAUGAGCUUUUAGUCCGUGGGAAGUCAGCCUUAAGCAGAGGAAAGCUUUGGGGGAGCAGCUAUUGUCUGGCCUCAGGGGCAGGUAGAGCUGUGUGUUGAUGGACACUUUUGUCUUCUCUCCAUUGGAUCUUAAACUGUUUGGAUGAGUUUGGUUUCCCACGACCAGAAAUGUCUGAUUUCUAUCUCUCCUGUGAUGAUGAUCAAUCACAGUGACCAGAGUUUCCCUCAGUUUUACUCCUUGUAUCGUAUCAGUGGCUCUAACUUUGAACACUCCACACAACAUUAACCUGAUAUCUAGUCUGACUUAAGUGUACACUAUCUGGGGUUUCCUGAACAUCUGUUGCCCUGAACACAAGUCAAAGACAGCUGCUGUAAGAGCAGAAGGAUCAAAGUUUGAUCUGCUGUUUUGUAUGCAGCAGAUAUCUGCGUCAGUCCUGAUUUGGAUUAAGAGAUUAUGUGGGGACUUCCAGCAGCUGAUUGUGCCUUUUUUUAAUAUCCAGCUUGUAAAAACUAAAAGGGGUGUUUCUUUUUUUAAACCCUCACCAACUCAUGAUUUCUAGUGAAGAAAAUUACUCUGACAGGCGCUGGAACAGAAAGAUGAGACUCUGCAUGAACUUCUAUGUAGUUUUCAGUCAUGUGAAAACAAUGAACAUGGCUACAACACACCUGUGAAUACUGAUCACCUUAUUUAGUAUAGUUUGUGUCAGCUAUGACCAAGCUGCAAUAAACUGACGCCACUUGGUCAGUCCCAAAUGGUGCUGGGAAGAGCGGGCUGUAAGUCCGCGUGAAGCCCUCAUUUGGAGCAACUUUGUGUUUGACAAACUUUUGGUUUAUUGACCACACACACAGACAAGGCUCUUCCUGUUCAACUGGGGCCUGUCAGCUCAGCACACAAAUGGGACUGUGAGAAAGUCAGGCUCGUGUUUACCAAAGUCUUGGUGCAACACCUCUGUUCCAGACAUCAAUGCCUCCACUGUCAGUGAGGGCAUCUCCACAGAGAUGUAGUAUCUGAGAGGUGGUUUGGAGAUCCUUAAGUGUGAGGUAGCCAACAAGAAAACAGACGGAGUCAAUCGUAUUUUGUUCUUGACUGAUUUAUUUUAUACUGUACUCACUAAUAGUCUCUGUACUUUGUAAAUAACUUGAUCCAUGAAGAAGUGUGAUGAUAAAACCCCUCAAAGGGAAACUUAAAAACACAAUGGGGUCACAGAGGUUGCCCCAAUAAUCUCUCUUGAUGAUGUCCUGCUGAUAGAGAGGCAGCCGGUGGAACACAGUGGAGGUGGUCAUCCUCAUCUUAGGAGCCUGAUUACAUCUGGCCUCCCUCAGUGCGCUUUUCAGCCAUCUGCUUCAACCACCUACCAAGCAUUUACUCCCUGGGUGGAGCCACUGUGGCCUGAGGAUCCCAUUUUUAACAUUUGACAACUCAGCUGUGGGGCGUGUUUCAUCACUGUGCUGAACUCCCCAUAACUCCACUCCCAUGUUUAAACACAAGUGAGAUUCAACGUCUGACAUCUUACUUUGAAGGGAAAAGUUUCAGUGGGAUAAACAGUCGAUCGGCGUUUGGAGUCGAGUUUGGAUCUUCUUCUGAAAACAACUCUGUUUUUGGUUGAAAACUGAGCAGUUUGUGUGUCGUACUGAAAUCAGACGCAGCGUUCAGUUUUCUUCACUUAAAUCUCGAUGACAGUUUUAACCUUUUCCCCGUGGCUGAAAAAACUCGUGCGUCCGUAAUCUGCGUCUUAUUCCUGAUAGAGAUGUUCAUGAAGGUCGAUGGGGAAGAUUUUCCACAUGAACUGCGCAAGAAGGUUAGACGGCAAAUCAUUAGAGCAAAGUCAAGUUUAGUCUUUAUGCGAAAGGUCCCCCCUCCCCGCUUUUUCUCAGCAAGACACAUUAUAAAUAACACGGGCACAAUAAACGCCACCUUGAUAAUUGGGCCAUCAGUCAAGGAGAUGUCAAGUGUCUGGGUGGAUCAAGAGUCCCACUCGGUGCUCAGCUGAGCCGCAGUCCACCAUGAUGACAGCCUGAGCAAAAAUUAGCAAGUAAAGCACCACAGAGCAGACAACCCUCUUGAUAACGGGUCGUGUUUGAACCACAGUGUAGUACCUGCUCAUUUAUAGAAGCUUCUUUUUCUUCUGAUGGGUCACAGAUUAAAUACUCAGAGGGUAACUCUCUACGAUUCAGGAGUAAUGUUAUCUGAAGUCUCGACUCAGUAUGGAAAUAAAGUUAAGCUAGCUGCGGCUCUGUGUUUCCAUGUGCAGCUAAGUCACUUAAAUUACUGGCUAAACCCACAGGAUCCGGACCGGCAGGCGGAUCAGAUCCGCAAGCAUACAGCGCCCACUGGAUCUGAUCCGCCUCCGCCACCAGAGGAGAAGCGCUUGCAAGAUUACCAAUAUUUCUUGCGAGUAUUGACUUUAUUUUAUUUUGAAAAUUAACCGGAUUGGUGUAUAUAAAUGGCAGUAUAUAUAAACACCCACAUCCCACAACCCUGGCCUCUCCUAUUAUCAAGUUAAGAACAGUUCAACAUUUUGACUUUAUUUUAUUUUGAAAAUUAACAGGAUAUUUUACUCUGUAACCACAUAAAACUUGCUGCUCUCGCUGCACUGCACCGAAUUGAUGCGCCGUGCUCUGGCGUCCCGCAAAAAUAGAAGCCUUGCAUGGAGUGGAGCCGUUCCGGACCCUGUGGGUUUUGCCCGUUAGGUUGACCAUACGUCCUCUUUUACCCGGACAUGUCCUCUGUUUUGUACGGAAGGUUUGAGUUUGUGUCACAUGGACUUACUGGGUUAGAAGCACAUAAAAAAAAAUCGACCUGACCCGAAAAACCCUCGAAAUUUACUCCACACGACUUUGCGACUCCGGCCCUGCGUCGUCGUGUCCUCUUUUUGGAAAUCCAGAAUAUGGUCACCUGACUUAAAUGCAUCUGCUCCGUACAAAAGCAUCAGACAAGAAUAGAUCUUUGAGAGAAUAUGUCUGCUUCAGCUGUUUACAAUCGCUCUUGUUGCCAAAACAAUCAACAAACAAGCUAACAAGAAGCUAACUCCGCAGCUCUGUACCUCAGAAUUUACCCUUGUUUACUCUUUCUUCAUCUUUUGUUGAGGUUAAGUUGACCACCUGACUUCGUCCACACAUGUUUGAGAGGACUGUUGAGCAUAGAUCAGUUCUGUUUGGACUAUUCCCCCUGGUUAGACACAAACGUUAGCGCUAACAAACAUUAGCAUGUUGGGAAAAAAAGCCUAAACAUCAUCUUAUUUGGUCCAGAAAGUAAAUGCAUCAUCCGUCUUCUUGCUUGACCCACAAACAGUUUGAGUCAUGUCCACUACUUUGCCCUCGGGUUUACGGGGGAGGGGCUGUGACCAUCCUGCUGAGCUCGCCGCGGUGUCAGAGACAUGUAAAGACAACACCGAGCAGUUGUGACUGUCGAGGUUGCAGAUCAUCAGCAAUUCCUCGCAGCAACUGGUGGCCUCCAGCCGCCCCAACAGUUGCCAUGACAUUGUUUUGUUUAAUGUUUCGCCUGCAGGAAGUGGAGUACGGCUCUGACCAUAUAGCGUUCGGGGCUAGGUUGAGUAAAUGGAUUAUCUUUCCGUUUUAAAACCUGGUGAUAAAUGACAGGCUCUUGGUAACUCAUUGACCACUUCUCAGAGUUCCCACACACAGACUCUUUGAAUACACUGACCUGCAGCUUCAACACUGCGGGGGCUCGAUCACGUGCUCAUCCCUGUCUCCUCUGUUUUGAACUUUUGUUUACAUCUGUUCUGAUUGAUUUUGGCGAGCCCUUUAAGCCCGGGUUUGAUAGAAAACUCAAUAUUUUGACUUUAAUCAGAGCUCAAAGAAACACAAGUUCAGGGGGAGACGGAGAAGUCGAUGAUGAUGAGAGAUCUCCGAGGUUGGUCCAGUUCUGCGGAGUUUCGGUGUACCAGGAUGUGCAGGCCUCUCAUUUAUGAUAAGCCCUCCCUUUCCUUAUCCCAGAGCUCCUCUCCCAGUCUCCUCCCCUGUUCUCCCCUCUUCAAUAAUAAAUGUCAUAGUUUCCAGAGUGGGAAGGAGGGAGAACAGGGGGGAGGGCGGACGCUCCGAGUGUAACAAGACCACAGCAACUCAUGCAGCCAAUGGAAUUCAGGGGGAUUGCUUCUGUGGAUGUUUUUUUCCUCUUUCACCCUUUUUUUUUCCUUUUCUUUAGUUGUCUCUCCCCGCUCCCUGUGACCCCUCUUUCUCAAGGGGCCCCACCAAUCUGAGCAGUUCCAGCUAUUUAGCUUGGUUUGGGUGUGUGUGUGUGUGUGUGUGUGUGUGUGAGGGCUGGGGGGAGGGUUCGGUGGGGGAUUUGGCAGCUCCUUUGAUCACUAAAGCAUAAACAAGAGGGGGCUUCAAAAUGGGUUGCAUUGUGUUGAGGGGGGUGUGCUGAGUCAGGCCCUCUCGCUCUCUGGCCUGGGACAGAGCGCAGACAGGCGGGCUGGGAUUACCGCAGAGGCCAAGAGAAACUCUCUGAAUCUCUCACUUCAGUCAGCUGUUCCAAAAUCUGGGCUAAUGGCGUUAUGGGAUCAAGUUAACGGCGAGAUGUAAAGAGGCUGAGGAGGUGGAAGAACACAUUCAGAGGCCGAUACUGAAAAUAGAUCCGCAAGAGUUCGAUUAACCGCUUUUAAAGUGGUUUUAUUUUGUUGUUUGAAUCGAUUUAUAGUAUGAGUUUGAGAGAUGUGUUGUGCAGAUUUGGUGUGUAUUGGUUCGAGGUGUGUGUGUGUGUGUGGGUGGGGGGGUCCCUUAAAGGGGAUGUUUUAAAAAACAAAAACAGAACAAGUGAAUAGCGGGGUUUUAGGUCGUAGCUCAGUCUGUGCCUUUGUCAAGCAGGUGAAAGCUUUGUAAAUGUGGCGCCAGAUUGUUAAAGCCCCUGACACUCCACAGUGUCCGAGCCACUUCCAGGAAAAAGGACCCCCUGCGUUGAGCCCUGGGACUGACCCUCCCUCAAUAGAGAGGGUCCUGCUCGGGAGAGGAGGGCUUCCUGUAUUAGCUUUCCAUCUUAAUCAAGCAACAAGUACCAACAAAGCACUAAUUAUCAAUGCCUUCACAGAAUGAAACACAAUGCCCCUCCCCCGGUCCCCGCUCCUGCCCCGGCAAAGACGAGGAGCCGUAAAAUAGACGGGGCUACACUGUCUGACGCCGCGAUCAUUGUUUUCAAACCAGUCGUAGUUUUUUUUAAGACAUUUUUAAUCAGGCGAAAAGUUAAACGUUUUAUUUCUGCAUUUCAGUUCAAAACAAGCUCCACUUUUUCCUACCUUGAGUGAAAAUAUCCUGUUUAAUCCACACUAAGAAUGAGAGCCUUGUGUGACAGCUGAGUUUGGCUUCCUGUAAAGUCAUGGUUUACAGAAAUCAGGAGUCACAUUCAGAGUUUUUAUCAAAGAGCUUGUUGAAGCUCCUAUGACUCAUCAGUUCCUGUAUGUGACCUGGUUUUUUAGACUCGUUCGAGCCCCGGGUUUGAACUCACUUUCAAGUACAUUUAUGCUGAUUUCUCAGACUAAUAUUGACCUGAUCUUGUCUCCUUACAGCCACAUCGAUCAAACCACUACUUGGCAGGAUCCUCGCAAAGCCCUGCUGCAGAUGAACCAGGCCGCCCCGCCUAGUACUGUACCGGUGCAGCAGCAGAACCUCAUGAAUCCUGCCAGUGGUGCGUAAAAACUCUGACUUUGAUAUUAUUUCUGCACAUUUUCUGACUCUUAAACCCUCGCAGUGUAAGUCAGGAGCAGCCUCGUCUAGUUCUUACAUGUCACUGCGUCUCUGUGUAUCUCAGCUCUGUCCAUGCAGUAGGAAUUUGCCCUAGGUGAGGUAAGACAGGGGGAGAACGUGACAGGUCCUGUCUGACAUGUUUAGGUUCUGCGUGAGUCACGGAUUACAGAAUUUACACAUGAAGUACCUCAGUGUUUCCAAACCAGCGGGUCUCUAAAAGUAAAUAAACACGCUUUUCAGUCAGUUCUGAUGAAGAGGGUUUCUUACACUCUAUACGCUGUCGCUCGUAGAUGAAAAUAUAGUAAAAAUAAUAAAACAAACCCAGCUGAGAAAAACAGGAAGUUACUCUUAUCACAAAUUUCUCCACCCAGCCUUUUUUAAUUUCUAUACGAUGUCCUCUUGUCCUACUUUAGGAGCGCCUCUAACUAUAACCCGCUGUAAUUACGCCCAAUUAAAGUAAAGUAUCGGCUUUAAUACGAGUAAUUAUAGCAAUACAGAGGAAUCGGAGUAUUAAGUUAACCGCCGGCAUCUCCGACAUGACUUUUGCUUGUCUUCCCUCAGGUCCUCUCCCUGACGGCUGGGAGCAAGCAAUUACAUCAGAGGGAGAAAUUUACUACAUCAACCACAAGAACAAAACCACAUCCUGGCUCGACCCGCGACUUGACCCGCGCUUCGGUGAGUUCUUACGGACAUGUUUUCGAUUACAGUUGAAUAAUCGUAUAUGUUGUUUUUGUAGAAAUGCGAAGUGAAACCGUGUCUGCAGGGAAAAGUUUGUUUUUAUCACCCCCUUUGUAAAACUUAUUUCGAGUCUCCAUGAUUCAUCGUUCACUUUAACUCACCGCAUUGUUUCAGCCUGAAUAGUCAUACCAUUGUUUGUUAAAAACAGAUUUCACCAAACCCCCCACCCACCCACCCUCAAGUCUGCACCUUACCUUUUGUCAGCCAUUUUAGUGUCGGAGCAACAGCUGAGUUGGCCAUUAAUCCCCCCGGGUCGAGCUAAAGUUUGACAGUUGGCUCUCAGUGAGCGGUGGCCGGCUCUGGUGAAUUAGUGACAGGACCAGGUACAUGCGUUGUGAUUCCUGUGUGGCCAUGGGAAUGAGCUAAAUCUCCUUUUGAGAUGAAGGUCUCUGCUUAUGUCACUCUGACUCAUUUACGCUUCAGGUGCCAUCCUUUCAUUACGGCGGCGGCGGCGUUCCCCAGGGAAGCUCACUGCGGUUCACAAAGGCAGCAUGCGUGAAUCAGCACGCAGGCUGUUAUCCUGUUUAAUGUUAGUGUUACUUUUUAUCGAGGCCGGACGCUUUAAGGGAACUUCUUCUUUUUUCUUUCUGAGAGCAAUUGUGCGUCCGACUCUGAGAGUAGUCAGGAAAGUUCAAAACAGAGUUGUAAGGGGAGCGGGGCAGCUGGGAAGAGAUGGCGGCUCUGAUCGGCAAAACCUCUUUGAAGACUUAUAAGUCUUGAACACACAAGGCUGUGGGGCCUCUGAGAGCGAGGGAGAGGGAAACAGAGAAGAUGUUAACUCAUUAUGUGCCAUAAAACAUGAUUUCAUAACAAACAAAAAACACGUAUUUGUACUCCAGGAUCACAUCUUCAUGAUUUAUCGUCUAAAACUUAAUAAUGCAGAAAAGCGUAAAGAUGAACUUGAUAUUUUGGGGUCUUAAUGGGCAUAUUUCACUCUAUAUUCAUGUGUAGAUAUGUGCUCCUCUGAUUCUGUCCAAGUCCUCCAUACCGCUGCUAUGUAGGUCCGCAAUCAUAAGCAGGCUACUUUGAUAAUGGAGGCUAAUUUGAGCUCGGAGAAGAAAAGCAGCAGAGCGCCUUUAACUGAGGCUUGUUGCCGGCUGGCUUUCCCCUACGUGAGGCCCAGCGCAGGCACAGCUCCAUUCUGCUGCAGCUCCAGACAGACUUGAAUCUCUGCCAGGCCUCUUUAUUCUGUGGUCCAACUCUUAAUCUGUUCCAGACCUUUUCAGUCAAAGAACUCCAAUGUGAAAGGAGAGGUGGGGGGCAGGGAGAGGCAAGGCGAAAGGGGAAGAAAGAAAAACGGGGGAACAGAGGGAAAACGCCGACGGGAUAAGCAUGCAUCCUCUUAAAGAUCCAAGGAGGCGGUGAACGGCGGACAAGACAUGAGUGCACUAUGGCCGGGUUCAAAAAGGAGGGGAUGGGGGGGGUCUGCCUAUGUGUGUAUGAUGUUUUCUUUAUGUUACACUCUGGUGGAGCAGCAUGGAAAACAUACUCGGAGGACAUUUGAGGUCACACAGGGAUAGAUUUUCUCCCAGAGUGAAAGUAAAGCUGUUUACCAAACACACAUGGCUACAUUAUCUGUCAUGUGAUGCUUUUUGCCUCAGCUCUCGGAGCGCGUUACCAAAAGAGUGUGCACCUUAUUAAUGACGUCAGCGCAUGAAUUUGGUGAUCGGCCAACGAAAGUCAGAUUGGAUCCUCUAUUUGUUUUGGAUUUAUCUGAACUUUUAAGGUCUCUGUCAGGAGAUAAAUAAAAUAUUAGUGUUUGAAGUAUCCAGCCUUAAAUUUCCAAAAUAUUCCUGUUUAUUUUGGUCCUUUAGAUAAAACUUUUCCCUUCAUCCUCUGAGGAUGAGGUGCUGAGGCGAGGUGGUGGAGCAAAGUCAUUUCACUCUUCAUCACUCUUUGGUUGUUCUGAUUUUACUCAUGCUGGAGUGAAGGUUGUAGUUUUGGAUAGUUUACUGAUAGAACCAGACACCAGCAAAGCAAGGCGAUCAAGAUGAAGAAUAUAUAUUUCCCAUUAUCUGAUGUUUUUUGGUGAUUAACAUAACUUACCUGCAGCCAAGGGGAUUCAUGACAACUGUUUUUUCCAGCAGUUCACAGUAGGGAUGGGCGAUAUGGGCUAAAAAAUUUAUUACAAUAAGUUUUACCAUUCUGGCGAUAAUAAUAUAAAUCCAGAUAAAAAAUAUUAUAAUUCCAAUCGAUGCUUUUGACUCAUUUUGUCUUGAAAACACCAGCUGGAGUAGCCAAAUAAGAUAAUGAACCACAAGUUUGAGUGUUAGGUUAUGGAGAAAACUAUUGACAUCAAACAAGUCUCAUAUUGAAAACAUUGUUGAAACUCUUAUUGCACAGAGUGAACAGCAGCAGAUCUACUGUCUGAUGUCAGACAGACCUUAAUUGGACUCAUCGAAACCCCUCUUCAUCACCUUCGGCCAUUUUUGUUUCUUAUUCUGCUCUGUGUGGACUACGGCUGGAAGUCCAUGGCACGCUCUUACGUCAUCAACUUGCAUUUAUCGUAUUUAUCAUGAGACAUUAAACAUUUAUCAUGGAGGAUUAGCUCUAAUAAAGAAAAUAUACAAGUUUCUUCAUUGACCAAAGACCCAAAGAACGCUCCAUAGACAGUGUAGACCGGGCUUUUACUUUGAAAAGCGUUUUGGAAGUACUAUCAUAAUAUAUGACACAAAUAUAGCAGAUACUGAGCCAAUACAGUCCUCGACUUAUCAUCAGGGCCUGAACAGCCUCCAAUCUAACACACUCCCUGCCUGCAGUGCCAGGUACAGUUGGCUGUGGACACACAAUAAGAUCGGGGUUUACUGUACCACGCUGUACCAAACCAAACCGGACCGUGUUGCAUCUUGAGUAUUUUUGAGCACUGAUCCUUUAGAGGUUAACUCAUCACAACCUCAAAACAAACCUGGUUUAACUCCGACAGGUACAGCACUUGAUCUCCCCACCAUGCGAACUACGUCAGCUCAAACCUUAAACCUCGACAGUCUCAGUAUCACAUCCAGACUCUUUCUCCACAUCGCCUAUCUGCAGUCCCUCCAAACUUGUUAAAACAAAAGCAGACAAACGUUAACAAAGCCUUCAAAAGGAGUUGUGCCCCACAAACUCGGAGUUCUUCCCACAAACGGCACACCCUCACUUCUACCUGCCCCAGGUGAUCCUGUGGUGUAAUACGCCUGCGAGCGCGAUGCCUGAUAAGACCUCGUGUUGGUGGCUCGCUGUGUUGAAGGAGUGCGUGAAGAAGACAAAAGGCAGACAGCAUUAACUUGUUUCUUAUCUGCCCGGCCCACCGCCUAUCACCGCCUGUAUGUGCUGCUGACUUCAACCAGCCCUUCACACACACACACACACACACUGUGACUUCUCCUCCCGACCUGCUUUCAUGCUAUCAAUCUGGCCCUGAACUGAACCUGUCCUUUGCUCCUAUCUCACCCACAUAUGUAAUUCUCUGCUUCGAUAUGCUCUUUGUUUGUGCAUAUUUCCUUCAGUCACUCUGGUUACUGUCGACUGUUUGGUCUGGGAGGAAGUCCUUGACUUUGUGCGUAUCGCAGCCAUACUGCUCUUCAGGACUGAAAUGUAUUACUUGUGUGCGAUAUUUUGACUCCUAUUGAUUUUGAAAACACUGUUCUUAUAAGAAAACUACAUCUGGCGUUAAUAGAAGAAUUUAUGAGUGCAAACUUUUCCCAAAUCUGGUGUUUUUCCUCUGAAGUUUUUGGCAUUGUGCGUCAGUGAAUCUUUCUCCGCACACCUCCACUCACUUUUCAACACAUGCCGUUCUUCAAAGCUCAGACUUUUAUAAAUCUACAGCUGUGUAAAUCAUCCAUGUGCUGGAGAACAGCUGAUGGUGCCCUGAUGGAGGAGUAAUCCAGCCUCAAAGGCGUCAGUAUCAGCCAAAGAUAAGACUCAGGGAGAAGUCACACACUCCUCUGGUGCUUCAGUGGAUGUGUGUGUGUGUGGGAGAGAGGAGGUGGAGGCUCCAUGACUCUGUGUGAGUUUGUGUGCAUGGCGUAUGUGCUGCUGGGGUGGGGUCGAUGGGGGAGGCAGCCUGGAAAGCGAGAGAGAGAGAGAGGGGGGUGGGAGGCAGGGUAGGGCGGGGCCACCCAAGCUUCCCAGGGAGAGCCCUGAGCCGUGGUUCAUUCAGCUCCUGAGAUAGUGUAAACAGACAGUGAUUGAAUGGUGAUGAGAAAGGUGCCGGGGCGGGCAGUGGUGGCCUCGCAUGAAAACUGUUCCCCCGUCAGGGCUUUGUUUUGGUUGGUGCUUCUGUCGCGAAAGCAAACAGCGCUCCUCAUUGGUUCCAUUCCCGUUACACCCCUUGUGGUCGAGCACAUUUGCUUCUCUUUCUCCUCUUCAGUGAUAAAACGUGUGACCUACUUUGCAUGCAAAGAUGACUGUGUUUGCUGUUUAUUAGACCCACCCUCGCCGGAGUGAAGAAUAACAAAGAUUUCACCGGGGAACAGCUGUGUUUUCAAUCCACACACAUUUGUUCUGAUCAUGUAAACACGCCGUCAGCGCACAUCCCCGAUCGCCGAUUUUGGGUCAGAGAGCCUCGAACCCGACGGUGAAACGGUGUUUACAGGAUCUGACGUUUGUCCACUUUUAAUUAAAUUGUUUGAUCUCACAUUUAAUCCAUUAAUUGAGUGGAGGUGAAGGAGAAGGAGCAGUCGGUCUGUGGGGAUAAUCUGUAAUUUGUUUAGAAGGAAACCAAACGCACACAAUGAAAGGAUAAAUCAUAACUGAUGCAAUUCACAACACGCAACUAACAAAGCCUGUCUUAGUCAGAGAGUGGGAGGGGAUCAGGUCUUACAGGAAUUGUGCUGGUUUUUCAGACACUCAAAGGCUGUAAACUUGUGCUGGGACUUCCCUCGUCCUACACAACCUGCUGCACUGGCUCGCUUCUUUUACAAGUUCAGCGCCGAAGUCGUCCGUCUUGUUAUGCAGCGUUUAAAUGCAACCAAGCAUGGUGUACUGGUGGGGCUGCAGACGCUGAAGUUUGGUUGUUCUCAGCUCAGAAAAUAUGUCCCAGCAUUUAAAUACCCACCUUACUGUCCCCAGAUUAAGAGUCUCAAUAUGCAAAUUUUAAAAAACGACGAACGUUGCAUUUUAUUGACCGACUCCUCUUUGUUUUCUGCAGCCCUGAACCAGCAGAGGAUCUCCCAGAGUGCACCAGUGAAGCAGGGAGGCCAGCUGCCUCCUCACUCUGGAGUCAUGGGAGGCAACAACCAGAUGAGAUUGCAGCAGAUCGAGAAAGAGAGGCUGAGACUGAAGCAACAGGAGCUGCUUCGACAGAGACCACAGGUGAGGAAUCAGGAAGUCCACCUGACCUUUACGACGAGGUCGAGACUCUCAGCUCGUCUCUGUGAGCGUCCUGUGAGACGUUUACAUCCCUCUAAGACUUAAUGGACACCUCGACCGGGCUUUUAAAUAUGACUCAUCCGUCAUUGGUACAGCGGUGGAGCUUAAGCCCUUUUGAUCGGUUUUUAUUGUUCCACCACCCUCCAAUGAAGCCUCAUGAGUCAUAUGUGGUAAUUUUAUCACUUCCUAACGGUGAUGUGUCAUCACUGCGCCGCCCACACAGGGCGGUGCGGCCAAAUCCAGUAGUUUACUCAAGGCUGUGUCAUAACAGCAGAAACAGAGCUUUAUGGUUAUGAAUGAGGACUCUGGCCGUGUUGUUUACUGUGCCAUUCAUUCACACGGGUUGUUUGAAGUUCACACUGUAGGAAGUGACCUGAGUGUGCACACACACACACACACACACACACACACACACUUACAGGCUGUAGAAAGAAAACGAUUAUAACUGAACUGUCCUGACUGGAAGUCCUCAGAGCACGCCCGCCGUACGCCUUAUUAACAUGGAUUCUAUUCAUAAUAGAAACCCCGGCGAGCAGGGUCACAUACACAGAUCUGACAGCCAUGCUAAAGCCUCACACUGAUUUAUCUGGAUGCUUUUAUCCUCUAUUUUCAGUCCUAGUGAGUUUAUUUAUAAAGUGCCUUUAAGAAGACAGCAGCCAAUCAAAGUGUUGUACUACGACGGAGUAUUAGAGCCACAUUAAGAAAAGAAAAUGAAGACUUCAAGAUUAAAAUUGUUAAUUUAGGAGAAUUAAGUCAAUACUUAUGAGAAUAAAGUUGAGAAACAUAUAUUGAAGUUCAUUGUCACGAAAUUCUCCAUGGCUCUCAUUUCAACAACUGUCAUCUAGAAUAUAAGGACUUUUUAUUCUCGUAAGUUAACGACUUUUAUCUCUAAACCUUUUUUUUUCUUAAUGUGGCCCUAAUACUCCGCUGUACUGUACAUUGGACAAAUAAAAUAAGUAAAUAAAUAGAUAACAAUAAAACAAUAAAGUUAAAAACAGUAGAAUAAACUGCAGACAGUAAAAGAAUAAAAGCUACAGCGCCUACCAUUCGUGUGUGCUCAUUUAUGAAACGCAAAAUAAAAGUCUCAAGGGUUUGUGAGGCUCUAAUAUGGCCAGAUAGAAGGUUCCAGAGUCUACCUCGAGACUAAAGUCUGGUUUUGGGGAGUGGUGAUGCAGGAGCUCUGACAGGUACAGAGGGGCAAGACCGUGGAGGGCUUUAAAAACAAUUAGAACAACUUUUUAUUUACUUAUUUUGGGCGAUUUUUGCUUUUUAUUGAAAGGACAGGGUGAAAUGUUGGGAGACAGAGAGAGAGAAGAAGGAGGAUAUGCAGCACGUGGUUGGGGCCGGACUCGAACCCACGACCACUGCUGUAGUCCUCAUACAUGCGGCGCGCUGACCUGCUCAGCCAUCUGCGCGCCAAUAAUAAUUAAAAGAACCUUAAAAUAAAUGUGAGAGCGGACUGUGAGCCAGUGAGGGGUCACUAAAAUAAUGAUAUAAAUAAUCCUAGUCCUUGUCCUGAUUUAUUCUUAUGUGUGAUCAACAAUUGUGCAAAGAAAACAGAAAAUCUGAUUUCUAAAUUUAGGUAAAAUCCAUAUGAAGUUUGGUGUUGUAGAAACUCUCAGAUCCAAGAUGUUCAAAACAAAAACACCGUCCUGUCUCAGAGUAGUAAGAGUAUAGUAGGAAGUUGUGCAAUCAUUCUGAGUUUGUGUGUGGAGUUCAUAUUUGGGGCAACAAUCACCACGCCCACUUUAAUCCACAUGGAGGAAAUAUGAUGAAAAAUAAUGGGUGUCAGUGUCGCGCAUGUUACUCGCUGUUGGCAGUCCAGUACUGACACUGAUUAGUCAUGCAAACUCAUAAAAGUUGUUUACAGGACACCGUGUGCAUAAUCCUGCUUCAUCAAAACCAGAUUGUGUCAAGUGUGCACAGGUUUUCUCAGAUACAUGUCAUCUUUCCAUGAGGGAGAGAAGCAGCCGGACAUCAAACCAGAAAGAAGGAGGGAGGAAAAAACAUUAUUUUGGUUCAAUUAGAGCUUUUUCGCUUUUAGCUGGAGAGAAAACCGUGACCAUUUCCACUCCACCACAACCAAUAAAAGCUCUCACCAAACACUCAGAGCGUCUGGUUAGCAAUUUUCUGUCCUCACCCAAAAAGGUCACCUCUCACUGGCUGCCUCCAUGUUGUUGUGUAUCGCUCUGUAGAGGUUGAACUGAAUCUCCGACUCAUUUCAUCCUCCCCGCUCAAGGACUUUGAGGAAAGGAGGUGAAAAACAACAACAUGACUUCAUAUCCUCUGCCUUAUCUGAUACAGCAUGUGCAGAAAACAAUUGCGUCCCUCUGUGGUCGGCCCCCUAAUGUAAUCUGACACUGUGUAUGAGGAGGAAUGGAGAGCACCAUGUCGGCUGUGGGUGUGUUAGUCCUUAAUUCAGCAUUUUAUGCAGUGACAGCACAACAGCAGCAGUGUUCGGCAGUCCUGACAUGUUUUCACCGAGCUCUAGCUGUGUAUAAUUAGCUUCUGAGGUUAGGGGUGGGGUUCAUUGUGUUGCUUAUGAGUUUUUCAUUCUUUAUCAUCCACAGGAGCUUGCCCUGAGGAAUCAGCUGCCUACCAGUAUGGAUCAAGACGGCGGCACGAACCCUGUGUCCUCCCCUAUGGCCCAAGACGCCCGGACCAUGACUGCCAACAGCUCUGACCCAUUCCUCAACAGGUUGGUUUCAUGCAGAAGCCAAGGGUGAAGUGAAAGGGAGUCAUCUGUGGAGCAAAGAGCAAGCUGAGGUGCACUGAUUGACGUCAGAGCACUUGGCAAAAGCUCCACUCCUCCUUCAGCUUGUCAAACUUAAUUUUUUUCUGGUUUGAGGGGAAACUGCGUGCCCGCCUGUGUGAUCCGGAGCUCCGGUGAGAGCUCCCGGAGUUACACAAGUUGUAAAAACAGCAGCUUAACCCUCUUCACAUGGCAGUGACUCAUUUAUACCAGCAGGAGAUUAGCGCACAAUGACGACCUCUGCUGUACAGCCGAGGUAGCGAAACAACCGCAGACUAAAUGGUGGCGUAACCUGUGAAAAUAUGUUUCAAAACCACCCAAAGUGGAGACAGCAGGAACUUAAGAGUAAAGGACUGAAACUGACCCCAAAUCAUUCCCGAUGAGGAAAAAAGUGAAGUUUUUAUGAUUGUCUGUUCUGGGAAACUAAUCAUAGACGUUCGAGCUCCAGUUCUUCUGUAAGCAGAUGAAGUGAGGAGAGAGCUGAAUAGCAAGCAGGCCAUGAGAACAUGUGGUCCAGUCAGUAGACAGGCCAACCUAAUCUCCCCUCCUCCCCCUGUUGCCUCCGCUCCCCUGCUCUUACAAUGGCCUCAUUCAUCCUGCCUCUGCCAUACUCUGCCUACAUAUUUUUCCUCUGCUAAUUAGUAUAGGCUUGUCAAAUGUCUUCUCUCUGCCUCUUUGUCUCUCUGUUGCCCCAUUCAUGGUUGGCCUUUUUCCUGUAUUCGGUAAAAGAAGUGUAGCUCUUUUUCCCUCGCUGCUGUCACUGUGGAUUAGUCUCCUCAGUCACUCAAACAGAGAUAUCUGUGGAAAUGUGGAUGUAUGCAGAGGGUCCCUGAGGGAAUUAAAGCCACACUGUUACUUUCCAGCCUGUGUGUGUGCUUUUAAUAACUCUGUUUGCUUUGUCGGAUCAGUUAAUUGGAUUCAAUCAGUUCAGUCUGCAGGAGUGUGAAGGACUGAGAAACUUCCCUGAAACAUACAGCUCGUUAUUUCCCUCUGCACAAUUGAAUGUAGGGCUGGGCGAUAUGGCGUCAAAUCGAUAUCACGAUAUGUUGAUCAGUUCACCUCGAUAACGAUAAAUGGAUGAUAACUACUCCACAAACUGCUCACCCCCUCCCACGUUAACUUUGUCACCUUCAGCCGCUACAACUUUUGAACCGUCCUCCAUCUCCUCACCUGUCUUUCCCUUUUUGUUACGGACUGGAUGGGGUGGAGUCACCUCUCUGACAUCGCUUAACCAGGAUUUCCAUUGCAUCCGGAACGGCGCCAAUUCCUGCUGGAUCUGUUUGUGAGGCGGAUUUCGUGGCGAGAACUCACAAGAACCCGCGGAUUCACGUUCAAUCGCGUGAUAACAAGUUGUCUUUAGCCACAUAGGCUAACUAUAUAAGCAGUAGAUUGUGUCCUUCCAGAGGAGGAAAUCUACUACAAGUUAAUCUGUGCUGAACUUAUCCGGCAUGCUCUGGCGUCCAGAAAAAAUAGAACUCUUACGAUCGGCUGCGGAGUCUGGCGAUCAGCAGAGGAACGGAAAGAAGCGGGUGGAAAUUGACACAUUAGCUUGAAUGGUUAUGAUCAGCUACGAUCGGAGGAUACAGCCUUUUCGUAGUCAUGCCGAAAUCCAAAAACUAACAGUAAUCCACAUCCAAAACCAACUCUUAAUUGUUUAUUUUUUUGACACUGAAUAUACCCACAUGGGCAAAAUGACGUCGGUUAUUGUUGUAAAUUUUGGUAUCUGUAAAUUUUCGGUUUAUCGUCCAGCCCUAAUUGAAAUCAAGACGCUUAUGAGAGAUUCUGACACAAAUAUUUCUCUCUUUUUGUAUUUCUAGCGGGACCUACCACUCCAGGGAUGAGAGCACAGACAGCGGCCUGAGUAUGAGCAGCUACAGCGUCCCUCGCACUCCAGAUGACUUCCUGAACAGCGUGGAUGAGAUGGAGACAGGUGAGGCUGUAAAAUAAGAUAUGAUUAAAUGUACAUGCAUGUUGUUUUUAGGGCCUGUUUCAUGCAUACACACUGUUUAUAAAUGAUAUUGUCCAAUGCGUGGCGGCACAGUGGUGUAAUGGUUAGUACUGUCGCCUCACAGCAAGAAGGUCCUGGGUUUGAAUCCUGGUCAGGAUGUUUCUGUGUGGAGUUUGCUGAAGUGGGGUUAGAUUAAUUGGUCACUUUCAAAUUCCCUGUAGGUGUGGAUGUGAGUGCAGAUGGUUGUUCGUCAUUAUAUUGUUUGCCCUAUUAUGACCUGGCGUCUUGUCCAGGGCGUCCCCUGCCUUCGCCCUGAAGAUGCUGGGAUAGGCUCCAGCCUCCCUGCAACCCCCAACGUGAAAGUGAAAAUGGAUGGAUGGAUUUUCCGAGGCUCAUGUUGUAAUUUUUCGUUGAUCUUCUCCUUCUGUCCAUUAGGGGACCCUCUUCCACCUUCCAUGGCGACACAGCCCAGCCGUUUCCCCGACUACCUGGACGCCAUCCCGGGAACGGAUGUGGAUCUGGGCACCCUGGAGAGUGAGAGCAUGGCGGUGGAGGGCGAGGAGCUGAUGCCCAGUCUGCAGGAGGCCCUGAGCUCUGACAUCCUCAACGAUAUGGAGUCUGUGCUGGCAGCUACCAAGAUCGACAAGGAGAGCUUCCUCACAUGGUUAUAGAGGACCUGAGCAGGGCGCUCCUCACUCCUCCGCGUACACUCUGAACUGCUGCCUGCUCUGAUCUGUGAAGGAUUCAUAGAUGCUUUUACAAGACAUUUCAGCGAGCGUCUCUGGACUUCUGUCUCUGUCUCGGCAUGUAAGGCCAUCCUCCUUUUGAGGCAGUAUUUCUCUGUUCUUCUCACUGCUGUGUUAUCUCUUUAUUUUGUCUGUGUCGUCAAGGCUGGCCCAUGAACAGACAAUUACGCAAGGGUCCCCAGUUCUUUCACAGGUCUGUCAGUGAAUCUAGGGCAUGUUUACCCUGCUCGUCCCCUGGUCUUCCCUCAUAGCUGAGCUUGGCUGAUGCAUGUGCUCUUCUGUAAGGACUGUCAUCAUCGGCUAUCGCCCGGAGUCUCUGGUGCCUCUUCCUCUUCCAUGAGAGCUUGAAGCAGCAGUUCUUAAACUGAAUUUGGGACUUUUGCAGCUAGCUUGAGUAGCUUUAUAUUUGGCCUUGUGAGUUUUUAUCCUUUUUUUUUUUGUUUGUUUUUAAUGAGCCUGAGAAACCAAAAAUGAUGUAUUCGAAGCAUAAAGAACAAUACUGAUUUGGAGUAAAGGUAACGUGAGGCCCAGUGUGGACAUAUUGGCUCUGCUUUGGGUGUGUGUGUGUGUGAGGGGCGGGGGGUUAAGGGUUGGAGCCUGGGGACCGACUACAUUGCUGCUUGGCUGUGCCAGCAAGUCUAAGUUAAACCUUUGAUAGAUCAAGUGCCUUCAGUUCUGCUUUUUGAGACGCGAGCAAAUCGAACAAUGACGUGGUUUCUGUAAUUCAGCGACAAGCAUCAGGCUGUUGGUGUAAAUCAGCCUCCCCACUUUCCUCUUUGCUAAUGUUCAAUAAUCAAACUGUCUUUUGGUUUAUACACACAUUAUAUAAGGGGAUUUAGGGAUUUCUGUUUGUUUUUGUAACCCUAGCUUCUUUGUAUCUCAGUCUUAUCCAAGCGUAAUUCAUGAUUCACUCUUUGUGUUAUUUUUUAGUAUUCUUUAUUUUUAGGUUACUACAUAUGUAUGAUAGCUUAGAUCAAAUGGCAUUUUGCUUGUUUUUAACUUCUUUCAUAGAUGAAUUUAUACAUUUUUAACAUGGUCGACUGUUAUCACAGCAUGUCACUUCAUCAAGAUGCAGUCUGCCGAGACACGGAUUGAUUCAGUUUGGGCUUUUUUGUAACCAUCGAGCUGAUUCUCUUCUGUCGGAUUUACUUUAUUCAUAUAAGUGUUAUUGUGUAUUUGUUGAUCACAUGCAGCUUUUACUAUCAUCCUGAACAUUAACCAAAAAAGCAGAUCUCUUGGCUAAACAGAAACUGUAGCUCUGUGAUCAGUUCAACUUUGUGACGGCGAAGAAAACACAGAGUUACGAAGUUCGAGAGAGUCUUCCUGAGGAGGGAGGUGUUGAAAUUUAGGGUUUCUGGACUUCAGCGGGGACAAGUUUAAGAAGGUUUAAGAGUCACGUCGAGGGGGGAGAGGCCGAGGCUGGGGUUUGACUGAUGGCAGCGGGUUCGUGUAGAUCGAUGAAAUGUGUAGAUUUUUGCGAAGUGAUCAAAAACAAUCAGUAAUUAUCUCAGUCAGGAAUUGUUGCGGCGGAUUCCAAAGAUGUUUGUGUAAUGACACUAAUUUUGCUUCCAUUUUCACGAGUCCAGAAACAAAAUGAUUUGUAAAUCAGCCUGUGUAUGAACAAACUGUAUAAGCUAAUGAGGAAAUGAUGUAACUUUUAAGUGUCGUGGUCAUGUCUGGAUAGGUCUAGCUGAGAGAUUCUUUUUCUAUGAUAAGUUGGUUGUUUUGAGUGACUAACCCUGAGAUUUAAGGACGAGGUUUCAGAACAGAGAAACGAGCGAUUCUCCGACAAACUCUCACAUGUUUACAUUCUCUCUGCGGCAGCCACAGUGACAACUCUCUGCCACCACAUUAUUUUCGUGUUUACAGUAUGACCACAUCUUCGCAGUAACAGCUGAUUGACCGGAUCAGCUGUUACAUUACUUGUCACAUUCACGCCACAUUCACACACUGAUGGCAGAGAAGUUUUUGGCUGAUCCCGUUCACACACCUAUGGGUGCAGCCAGCGGGGGCGGGUGGGGUCAGGUGUCAGCCCCGGGAUCGAACCCCCGAUGACCAACUCUACCACUGAGCCACAGCCGCCCCUAAAUCAACAGACAUGAACAAGUUUUUUAUUCUCUUUGAGAAACCUCUUUCUAGUUUUGAUUUUAUUGACCAUUGAAUCAUGUGUUAAUGAUGGAUUUAAGGUGGAUAAACAGUGUUGGUGAGAACAAUGCAACUUAAAUGAGCGGUACACUACAGUGCUUGUAUCGCACGGUUACAGAGUUAUAAUUUUCAUGCUAUGAUGCGUUCUGUCACACAAAUCGGAUUUUAUGCUUACUUACUGUGUAAUUGUCAGAGCAUAUUAGCUGCUGACUGUCAUUGUAGCAGUAGAACUAAUCACACGAGUUAUAAAGGAUUUUGUAUUUAGAGUUUUCUAAAUGCACAUGAAAUGAAUUUAUAUUCAGUAAUGAUCUGUUCAUUUUUGAUAGAUAUGUGCAUGUGUUUUAGAGCAAUAAAUUCUGUUACAUUAUAUCUUGGUUCAUAUCAUACUUUGAAAUUGGCCUGCAAUAAAGUAUAUUCUUUGUGGUAAAGAUGCCUGAUGUUA